GAGGACAGAGUGAGUGCAGAGGACUGAACCGCGGACCGUCAGCGCAUUCUUAUGAAAGGACUGAUCCUCGGAACUAACAUCAAACACUCACAAGUGACAGAUUAUCACUAAUCCUCCCGCUGAAGAACCGCAGCAAAGCAGUUUGCCAAUUACCAGUGCGCCUUUCGGCACUCGUGGUAACGUGAGGACAGAUGCUGUGUCUGAUCACUUCGCUUUGAUUUCAGUCUUAAUUGAUUUGCUCCAUGCCAUACAGCAGGACAGGAUUAUAGUUCCCUCUUGGAUUUCAAAGUCGUCGAUUUAUACCUACUCAUCAACAUCAAACUUUUCUUUACACAUCUGGAAAUUGCGCACGGAGAUGGCGCAAAGGUACGAUGAGCUGGCUCAUUACGGAGGCGCGAUGGACGGAGUCGGAGUCCCCACCUCCAUGUACGGAGACCCGCACGCCCCCCGGCCCCUGCCCCAGGUCCACCACCUGAACCACGGGCCACCUCCGCACCCGACCCAGCACUACGGAGCCCACGCGCCGCACAACAUCAUGCCCAGCAGCAUGGGUAGCGCCGUCAACGACGCACUAAAGAGAGACAAGGACCAAAUCUACGGCCACCCCUUAUUCCCGCUGCUGGCUCUGGUGUUCGAGAAGUGCGAGCUGGCGACUUGCACGCCCAGAGAGCCCGGGGUGGCGGGAGGAGACGUCUGCUCCUCCGACUCCUUCAAUGAAGACAUAGCCGUAUUUGCAAAGCAGAUCCGUGCAGAGAAACCGUUAUUUUCUUCCAACCCAGAGCUGGAUAACUUGAUGAUUCAGGCGAUUCAAGUCCUACGAUUUCAUCUGCUGGAAUUAGAGAAGGUCCAUGAGCUGUGUGAUAACUUCUGCCACCGGUACAUUAGCUGCCUCAAAGGAAAAAUGCCCAUCGACCUGGUCAUAGAGGAGCGAGACGUCUGCAAGUCGGACUUUGACGACCUCUCCGGAUCAUCCACCAACCUUGCAGAUCAUAACCCAGCGUCCUGGAGAGACAUGGAUGACGCCCACUCCACACCCUCUGUGGGCACCCCAGGACCGUCCAGCGGGGGACACGUCUCUCAGAGUGGCGACAACACCAGUGAACUCGGAGACGCCCUUGACAACAGCCUGGCAUCACCAGGCACAGGAGACGAGGAUGACCAGGACAAGAAGAGGCAGAAGAAACGAGGCAUCUUCCCUAAAGUGGCCACAAAUAUAAUGAGAGCAUGGCUCUUCCAACACCUUACGCACCCGUACCCCUCAGAGGAACAGAAAAAACAGCUAGCACAAGACACAGGCCUCACCAUCCUUCAAGUGAACAACUGGUUUAUAAAUGCAAGGAGGAGGAUAGUCCAACCUAUGAUUGACCAGUCCAACAGAGCAGUGAGUCAGGGCACAGCGUACAGUCCAGAUGGCCAGCCAAUGGGAGGUUUUGUUCUUGAUGGGCAGCAGCACAUGGGUCUCCGACCUGGAGGACCAAUGGGUGGCAUGGGUAUGAACAUGGGCAUGGAUGGGCAGUGGCACUACAUGUAAAUCCUCUCCACUGAGGCAAGCCUAAAAGACAGGGUGAAGCCUCCAUGGUUGGCUCAGGGAUCUUCUCCCAUCUGUCUGUGGAGCUCAGUACCAGAGCUGCCUCUGCAGCUGCCACGUCGAACCCACCUGACCGUACACCACUUGACCACUCCCACCUCACCUCACCUUGCCCGAGCCCCACGGUGCGCGCAUGUAGAGGAUCACCAUGGAAACGCCAAUGCUCUGCACCAGAGGCCGCCCACAAACUUUUGACUUGAAAGUGAGCAGAGACUCGGAGCUUAACUGGCUGCACAGAGAAUAAAAUGACUUAAAGGACUUCAUAGUGAAGAGAAGCAGUUUGACACAUCUGCUCCAUUUCCUUUUAAAUUAUUUAUUUAUUUUUCUACAAUGGCGGACCACAGGGAAGAUCACUUCAUCCUCUCUUUCUUAUUUGACCUCUUAGCUUUACCCCCAACCCUUAAUGCCCAUCCUCCUCCAAUAAAUUAUACAAAGACACACGCACACACACACACACACACACACACACACACACACUUUUCUCCUUUAAAGAACAAAAGAAAAAAACACUGUGAAUAUCUUUUUUUGAUUUAAAUAUGAGGACUCGGUGAGCGUUGUAAUUGUUGUGCUGUAUAGAUUAGUGCUUUUUUAUUUAGCUGGUUCUCUCCAUGUUUGCGCUUGUGAUCACUAGAUGUCAGAGUGAGCUUCACUGACAUGUUUUUUUUAACCCCAACUUUAACCGAGUGUUUGUUUCUGUUCUCCAUGCACUGCACCUCUUUCUUCUGCUUUCCUCUUCCUGUUCUUCUAAACUGGAGCUACAAAGACUCCUGGGGGAAUCUGACCUGAUGGCGAAUUGAGUUCCAUUUUUUGACAAUGUUUUGAAUAGUUUUUAGCACCAAAACACAGAGAAGAAGUCUGCACUAAAACCAAAAUAAAAAUGCAUUAAGGAAGACGAAACAAGGAUUCAUCACAGUGUUUGAAAGUGCAGAGCAGGUCGGCCUCAUUAUUUUCCUGCUGGCUCACUUUUUAAAACUCCCAACCAGAAAGCUCAGCGUUAAAAAAAAACAAAAACAAAAACAAGGCAACGACAUUUGUUGGUGGAGCAGGUCACGUAGACGGCUCUGGUUCGAUAUGAGAUGGGAUUGCAGUUGUCUCACGUUAUUCGAUUGAUGGUGACAGGAAUGAUGGAUGGCCUGGUUACAAAGUUCAAGAAAAUGAGAGCGAAGUCGGAGGCUGCGGCAGCUUUUCCUCCAUGUUGUUGUUUCCGUGUGGUUCGUUGUGCUGCUGUGUGCGUGUGUCUGUGACGGCGACAGAAAAAAAGAUGUAGAGAAAUGAAAAAUGAAAGGUGAGUCCUGUUUCCUUAGAAUGGAAUAAAUCCCUUCGUUUUCAAUCAAACGCUGAUGAUUUUUUGAUAUUUACUUUCGGCUCCCGAUGUUUUCCAGGACAGACUGCCUUCUGCAUCACAUGAGAAAAUGAGUAAAUACAGAAACUAGGAAGAAUAAAUAAAUAAAGGCACAUUUAUCAUUGUCAGCCUGUAACGAUCCUCUGCGCUUUGUAUUGACGAGGGAAGCAGCAGCCGGAGCGGACUGUCGUAGAGCUGCAGAGGGCCGAAUGCGCCCUCAUCAUCGUCACUGAUAAAUAUUCAUUUUAAUCGACAACAAUCACGCGCCGCAUAUACAUUCCAGUCCGGAGGAUUUCGUUUUUUAGCUUUAGGUCUACUGUCUAAAUUAUUUUUAAUUUAAUUUAAUUUAUUUAUUUUAAUAAGAAUUAUUAUUUUACUGGUCAUCAUAUUUGGUUGAAUCCGACUUUUUUAAAUGAUUGAAAUUUGUCAAAUUUCAGAAUAUUCUUCAAACAUAUUUACCUUUUAAAUUGUCACAUAGAGGAAGUAAUCACUUACUGCGCUAAUCAGACUUAAGCAAAUCAUGUUUGGGUCCAGGUGAGUGUGAGCUGCGGGCCUCUUCGCGGGUCUUUAUCAAAUCAUUUCCACUUUUUCUCGUUAGGUGUAAAAUAUAAAAACGAAAUAUUUUUCUCCUACCAAUAUUCCUAUGUGAAAAAAAAACGAAGCAAAUAACGCAGUAAAACACAGCGGAAUACUGAGCACUGAAUUAAACCAAAGGAACAUUUAUUGAAGGCUUAUACUGCGUGUAUACAAUAGGUCUGUUUUAAAUGCUUUUCCAGUUCAUGGACCUCUUUCUAUCAUAUUUUCCACGGAUAAAAAUAAUCACUAAAACUGUAUCCAUUAAUGCAUCCAUUAUUUUGAAAAUAACCUCCAUUUUCCUCUCUGCAAACAAAUAGUAGAAUAUAAUCCGGCUGAUGUGAGGAAGAUGAAAAUAAAGAGCAAUACAAAGCGGAA